AUGUCCUCUUUUGAAAAGAACGCCAUAUUUACGCUGAGUCUGAAUCUUUAUUCCAACCUGUCUGUUUAUUCCAAUCUCUCUUUCUAUUCCAUCUUGUCUGUUUAUUCCAACGUAACUCUUUAUUCCAACCUGUCCGUUUAUUCCAUCCUGUCCGUUUAUUCCAUCCUGUCCGUUUAUUCCAUCCUGUCCGUUUAUUCCAACAUGUCUGUCUAUUCCAUCCUGUUUGUUUAUUCCAUCCUGUCCGUUUAUUCCAACAUGUCUGUUUAUUCCAUCCUGUCCGUUCAUUCCAACCCGAAUCUUUAUUCCAAACUGUUUGUUUAUUCCAUCCUGUCCGUUUAUUCCAACAUGUCUGUCUAUUCCAACCUGUCUGUUUAUUCAAUCCUCUCCGUUUAUUCAAUCCUCUCCGUUUAUUCAAUCCUGUCCGUUUAUUCCAAACCUCUCUGUUUAUUCCAACCUGACUCUUUAUUCCAAACCUGUCUGUCUAUUCCAUCCUGUCUGUUUAUUUCAAUCUGA